CGCGUCCUGGGGCAAAAACGUCAACUCCUUUCCUCAGCACUCAGCACGACGGUGGACAGCCACAACGGCCGCCCACUUGCCUUGCGUCGCCGCCGUGGGAGCGCCGGGCGCGCCGCCAAAAUAAAAGCCAGGCCGCGAGCUACGGGCGGAAUCAGAAGAUCCCCAGGGAUCCGACGCACCAAACGGCCUCUUCCGCGCUCGCGCGGAAGGAAAUCUGAGAGCGCAGCGCCGCCGCCGCGGCUUCUAGAGCCCGGACGGAACAGGGAUCCCUUACCAGCCCCGGAAACAAGCUACUGUGGCUGCCAGGGAGGAGAGCUCAAGUGCUCAACUGGCUAGGGAAGUCGGGCGGGCAGCACCAAAUUGGAGCCAGACAGGCGGCCGCGCUGGUGCCGGGUUGGCGUAGAGAUGGGGUCGAGAUCCAUCCGGAUUCCGCAUUGAGUCGUUCUGCUUUGCUGUUUACAACCUACCACAGAAGACUUGGGAAUGCAGAAAGAUGUGCUUGCACAACAAGAAGCAAAUAUUUUGUGCAAACAAGACCCGAGUUUCGUUCAAGCUGAUAUUGUUGGGAUCUCAUGAGAAUGUGCUUCAUGCUGAUACCAUUCUUCUUUUUCGUAAUUUAAAGCACAGUAGAUUGAAGGCCUCUAUAUUUGUAGGCCAUCAUCUUGGAGACGACGGUUAAAAAAAAUUCUCUUAUAGAAGUGGUGCUGUGUUUGCUUUUUAUAGUAUCAUUGCGUAGCUUGAUACAAUGGACGGGAGGAGAACAAUUUUGAUGGGACGUUAUGAAAUCGGGAAACAGUUGGGGCAAGGAACCUUUGCUAAGGUCUUUUAUGCUCGUAAUCUUACUACCGGGCUAGCUGUUGCCAUAAAGAUGAUUAACAAGGACAAGGUCAUGAAGGUUGGGCUCAUGGAGCAGAUAAAGAGGGAGAUUUCAAUAAUGAGGUUAGUGAAGCAUCCAAAUGUUCUUCAGCUUUUUGAGGUUAUGGCUAGCAAGAGCAAGAUUUAUUUUGUCUUGGAGUAUGCUAAAGGUGGUGAGCUUUUCAACAAAAUAGCUAAAGGGGGAAAGCUCAGUGAGGAUGCUGCGAGGAAAUAUUUCCACCAAUUAAUCAGUGCUGUCGAUUAUUGUCACAGUCGAGGUGUUUAUCACCGUGACUUGAAGCCUGAAAACCUUCUACUGGAUGAGAAUGAAAACCUUAAAGUCUCAGAUUUUGGUCUAAGUGCUCUAACUGAGUCCAAAAGGCAAGAUGGUCUCCUCCAUACCACAUGUGGAACUCCAGCUUAUGUUGCUCCUGAAGUGCUCAGCAGAAAAGGCUAUGAUGGUGCAAAGGCAGAUAUAUGGUCAUGUGGAGUAAUUCUAUUUGUGCUUGUGGCGGGUUACCUUCCUUUCCAUGACACAAAUUUGAUAGAGAUGUACAGAAAGAUUUCCAGAGCAGACUUUAGAUGCCCUCGGGGUUUUUCUACUGAGCUGAAGGAUCUGCUACAUAGAAUUCUUGAUCCAGAUCCAAGCACUAGAAUUUCUAUCUCAAGGAUAAAGAGGAGUGCUUGGUACAGAAAACCAUUUGAAGUCAACGCAAAGAAAAAUGAGACUGAAACAACCGAAAAUGCCUGUACAGGUGAAGCUACAACCUCUGGCUCGACAGAAUGCAGCACAUCUGAGGGAAAUCAAGGUUCAUUAAGUCUCCCAAACUUGAAUGCAUUUGACAUCAUCUCUCUCUCAACAGGUUUUAAUCUCUCUGGAUUUUUUGAGGAUAAGUAUCGCAGGGAAGAAAGAUUUACAACCAGGCAGCCUGUAAUGACAGUAUUAGCAAAGCUGAAGGAGCUUUCCAAACGCUUAAAGCUAAAGGUUAAGAAAAAAGAAAAUGGGAUCUUGAAAUUGGCUUCUCCAAAGGAAGGAAAGAAGGGGGUGCUUGAGCUUAAUGCGGAAAUUUUUGAGGUUGCCCCUUCGUUGCUCUUAGUUGAGUUGAGAAAGACUAACGGUGACACUAUGGAGUAUCAAAAGCUAGUGAAAGAGGAGAUAAGGCCAGCACUCAAGGAUAUUGUUUGGGUUUGGCAAAGUGAUCAACACCAGCACUCACAGCCAACUCUGCAAGAACAGCAGCUGCAGCCACCAUUCUCACCACAGCAGCCACAUGAUCAGUUGCAAGCAUCAUUGACACAGCAGGAGCAGAAGGACUUGCUCGAAGCACCAUUGCAUCCUCAAGAGCCACUGGAUGAGUUGCAAUCACCACCACAAGAACCGUUGGAACAGUUGCCAUUGCCAGUCACUCUGGAGUAGCCAGAGAACUAGUUCUAAUAGCCAAUAGCCAACUGGUAAUUCAUAUGUCCUAAACCAUAGAGUAGCUGUACUGCUUUUUCUACACCCCCCCCCCCCUUUCUGGAUGUUUCUAAUUCUUCUGCAAUUGUAAAGCUGUAUGCCUGUAUGUACCACAGAAGUGCCAUGUUUUUCAAUUUGGUAUCUACUAGAGAAUUGAUCUGAAUGUCAAACCAAAAUUUUGGAAAGAAUAAUAGCCAUUGACCAUCAUUUUGAGUUUUA